AUGGAUAUUGAUGAUCAAGGGGUAGCUUUUAAUGAAAAGGUUCUUUUAAGCGAUAUUGUUGAUCUUGCUGAAAUUUGCAAGUCGAAAUGUGACACGAAAUAUCUUACAACUUUACUCUAUAUGUCGCUGCGUUUCUUCAACAUCAAGUGGGAAGACAUUAAUCAAUUUCUAAAAGAUGUUGGUUUUAUGAUAGCGGAAACGUCUCAUAAAUGGGCAACAAUGUUUAUCAAGGGAGAUUAUGAAGAGUUUUCGAAUGAUUUACGUGGUGGUAAGCAGACUGAUUCGUUUUAUGAUAUGUUUCCAGAGAUUGAAGCAGAUGCCAAAGCAUUUGUCGUUCAAGUAUGUUCGCGUAAGUCGGGAGAGUUUAAGGCUUUGCAUUUGACUCAGUUUAUUGAUGAAAAAUAUUAUGAAUUAACGGGAUUGGAAAAACAAACUGGCGAUGAUUUUAUAAGAACAGAGAGAAGUUGUCGUGUUGAUCUUCGCAAAUGGGGAGCUAAAUUCGAAGCGAAUUCACAACGUCCAUACUUUGAAGGACAUGAAAGAGACGAUAUGGUAAAGCAUCGCACUGAAUUUAUUAAUUAUUUUCUAGCAAAUAAAGACUUUUAUUAUACAAUUACGGAUGAUGACACACCUAAGUGGAAGUUGCCGACUUCAUGA